CGUUAGCUUCAUUCAAUGAUAAAAAGAGAACUUUAAACCAUUUGUGCAUAAUCUGAGACAUAAGCAAGUAACCACUGUUUCAAUAAGUGGCAAGCGGUCACCCGGGGGCAGUUGAUUUAUAUUUUAGGCGCUCGGCUUAUUUUGGACUAUCCAAGCGUGUCACCAUGACAUCGGUGGAAGAACAAGUGCGACAGAUUAUCCCAAAUCCGCCUCAGAAGAAGCCGCCCAUGAAACUACCGUUUAAGGCACCAGAUGGUAUGAAUCCCCGAGAGCUCAUCUUGGGGGGCGUGUGUCUGUUGUUGAUUAUUUUAGUGAUCCUAAUCGGAAUUCUUUAUGGAACCAAACCAGCAGUUACUGCAGGCGGACCACAGGCAUGUACCACCCCAGAGUGUCUAUCGGCUUCAUCGUACCUCCAGGCGAGUAUUAACGACACAGUUAACCCUUGCGAAGACUUCCACGCGUAUGCUUGCUCCGGAUGGGCAGCUAGGCGGGAAAUCAGACCCGACAGAGACGAUAGGACAGUACUGGGUGAUUUAUUCAAUUCCAACGAGAAAAAACUCACUGAGCUUUUGGAAUAUCCGAUUCAGAGAACAACGACAGACUCGUGGGAGAGAAAAGUGAAAACAUUCUUCUUAACAUGCAUGGACGAAUACCAAAGCAUGCAGAGCGCCGGGAAUCCGCUGAUAGGGAUCAUCAAUGAGUGUGGGGGUUGGUGGGUGAACGACCCCAAUGUACCAAGUAGUGCGAAUUUCGAUAUCAAUACAUCGAUGAAGAAGGUCCAUGUUGACUAUUGGAGCAUUGCAAUCUUCCAAUACUUCCCUCAACCAGACCCUAAAGAUAAUACAAAAAGACUUAUUGAGAUUGACCUUGGUGGAUUGGGGAUGGACUGGAGGAUAUAUUUACAGAGUAACACUGGGGCCUUCCGAACAGCCUAUAGGAAAUUUAUCACUGACGUGGCCAACCUGUUGGUAAGGGACAAUCCCAACUCUCCCAGUGACGCCAGUAAUAGAGUCUCUCAGUUCGUGGACGAUGUCUUCAACUUUGAGACACAACUUGCAAAUAUCACAGGAAGAACCUUGCCGGAUACUGAUCCAGAUGCGAGGAGAAUCAAGCUCUCCGAUCUCAACAGACUUGCAGAUGAGAUUGACUGGACAGGGUUCUUCCAGUACAUGUACGACCAAGCUGGUAUCACUCCCCAGACUGAGGUUAUCCUCCUCGAGAGAGACUACCUCAUGAAAGUCAGCAAACACAUUAAGAGCCUUGGAGCAGACAAAAACAGAAUCCUUAACAACUAUCUUGUAUGGAGACUAACACAGGCGUACACAUCAAAGCUUUCAUGGGAUUACAUCCAUGCCGCAAGAGAAUUCACAGUGGCGCUGACCGGAAGAGUAGAGUUCUUGGGCAAGAGAAAGAGCUGCUUCCGCGAUGUUCAAGAGCGUAUGGGUCUUGCACUGAGUGCAUUGUUUGUCCGAGCCAACUUCGGAGCAGCAAAUAAGCAAGAGGUCGAUCUCUUGUUCAACAUGGUUCGCCAGAAGUUGUUCGACCGCCUAGCAACCCUACCAUGGAUGGACGAUACCACUCGACUAAGGGCCAGAGACAAGUUGAAGGCUGUUAUAGACAAAGUUGGUUACCCAGAUUUUAUGAUGGAUGACAAUGUAAUGGAUCUGAUAUAUCAAACUUUCCAAGUAAGUUCCAGUGGCUACUUCCAAAACUACCUCAAUUCAAAUAAAUUCGAAAAGGCGGACGAGAACAGGAUCUUGGUCCAAGGUCGAAAUAAAGAACGCUGGAGAGACUCCACAUAUGCAGUAAAGGCCCAAUUCUACUACCCCUGGAACGAGCUCCUUGUACCAGCUGGUAUCCUACAGUUCCCAAUGUUCGACGCUAAGAUGCCUGGUUACAUGACGUUUGGUGGUAUUGGAACUGUGAUGGGGCGUAUGUUGAUACACGCUGUAGAUGACCUAGGUGGUUAUUACAACAAAAUGGGCAACCAAGAGGACUGGUGGACAAAUUCGACAUCAGUGAACUAUAUCAGGGAGCGUAAAUGCGUCAUCAACUUCUACAGCAACGUUACUGCUGGGCCCUAUAGGAUACCUGGAUAUCUAGCUAAAGUAAGGUUGAAUGGAAGAGCAUACUUCAGGGAGGGAAUUGCAGAGAAUGGAGGUAUCAGACAGGCAUAUUAUGCUUAUAAAGAUUGGGAUAACACCUAUGGUCCUGAUCCGUCUCCAGCUGGUACUACUUUUACUAAAGACCAGGCAUUCUUCUUAUCGUAUGCGCAGACACGCUGUUUCAAUCGGAGGGAUAUUGCUUCUUUCAACAGAGCUUACAAUGGCCAAGUUCCAGAGGAUAUAAGAGUGAAUGGCGCUCUUGGUCACCUUCCUGAAUUCCAACAAGCGUUUAACUGCCCUGCAAACUCCCAAAUGAACGUCAAACCCAGAUGCUACAUCUUCUAAACAAGACAGAGACCUGUUUCAAUAUUGACACUUGUAAAAAGUGAUACUGUCUAGUUCUUAAAGACAUGAUGAUAUUCCACUUGUUUUUACUAGUAACAAACUUGAAUCACAAACUUGUAAUAUAGUUCUGUAUAUUAGAGAGGAUAUUUUUAACCAUACGGGUGCGAGUUAAUGCACGAACAAUGCAAAUAUUGUACAAAGACAAUAAGAAAGGAGGGAUAUGGACUUAUAGUCCUACAUGCCUGAUAUAUCACAUAGUAACCGUGACAGCAAAUGGUAUGUAGUGCUAAAUUAGCUGUCACGGAUACUAUGAAUCAACUCUAAAAUAAACAUGACAUAUGAUACUAAAUGAAUGGUUUUACAGCCGAAAUUCAACCUUGUGAUAAGCAUAAUGAACAAAAUGCACUUAAAACACCAAUGCUCAUGUUAUAUAUUGUUGGUCCAAUAAUUGUAGAUUAUGUGUGCAAUUAUCAAUUUAGUAAAGAUGUGAAAUGUAAGUUAUUAUGUCUUGAAUUAGUCGUUAUUGAUCGGAAUAUUUUGAGUAUGAAUAAAAUGGAACCAGCGUCAACAGUUUUAGAAAUAGGGUCACUUAUUUUGUUAUUCUUUAACUCAAAUAUUGCCGCGCCUUUAAUGUGAACUGAGUGUCACAAAUUGCAAGUCUGUAGCAAGUCUAUCCCUGACUUUUUACGGUUACGUGUAUGAACACCAUGAAUAAUGACUUGCAUGAACCCGAUCCUUUCCCUUUAUCAGUUCUAUCCCACGUGUCUGUAUAUUUUCAUAGCUACCUCCUCGAAGGAAUGGUCGUGAUUAAUCAUGUGUUGUCCUGUCUGGGAAGGCCAUUUUAACCAGAUCAAACAUGAAUCAGAUUUGGGACAAUUUGGACCAUUUGCACAUUGUCCAAAUAGAUUAGCAUCGAGACAAUGACCGAACCAUCCAGCACUGGCGUAAUUGGAAGCACAAUUUAUGCUUGAUUGAUCGUUGU